AGAGAGAGAGAUCUUCGCGCAUCUGUUAUGGUUGAAACAAUUGACGACGUUUGAGGUGAAAUUGGAACGGGAAAAAAUGUCGAAGAAGAACAAUUUAGCCAAGAGAAAGAAGCAGCACGAGUACAAUCUCCAAAAGGAGAAAGAAUUACAGGAUAAGAAGAUCAAGAAGCUUCAUGCCAACAAGAAUAAGAUGAAAGUUGAUGGAAGUGGGAAGAAGAAGAAAGGUGGAUUUUCUGUUGGCAAGAAGAAAUUGAAGACGAAACUGACUCCAGCUGCUAAAGCUAAAGCUGCUCAGGCAAUGGAGCUAGACAAUUGACCAAGGAACCUCAGUUUUCUUUCACUUGUAUGUAAACUGUUCUUCAUUGAUCUUUGUCUUUACUUUGAAGAAAUCUAGUUGAAUCUAUCUUCUUAUUUUCCCUCAAAUGCUAUAGGUUAAACUUUUAUGUAUCACUCCAUUCUUCCUUUUUAAGUUCAAAAUUUUGCGAUCAAACCGGAUUGGGAUCAUCGUGUAAUUGGCUAUUAUUCUACUGUGAUUGCUAUUUCGUUUACUUUGA